AUGGAUUCGACAUACGAAAGCUUAUCUGAAGAGGAUUAUUCCAAAAACCUCUCUGAUUUUGCAUUAAAAACUGGUACUAAAAAAAUUGGAGGGCCCUUUUCUGAAUCAAAUUUUGAAAGUCUUGAAUUACAAUCUGCAACUGCUUUAAUAUUCUCAUUAAUAUCAUGGUCUACACUUUACUUUAUAACAAUCGCCUCAUUAAAUCGUACUCCAGAAUUCUGCACAAGGGUUGUAACUUUAAUACAUGGCCUAAUGACUACAGCCAUGGGAUCUUAUGUUUGUAAAAUGAAAAUGGAAGAUAAAAUAGAAGAAUUAUCAAUCCUGCCCAAUUUUGUGCUCGUGAAUAGCUGGGGAUACUUUGCAUUUGAUCUAAUAUGGUGUCUUUGGUAUCAAACAGAAACCAAAUUAAUGAUAAUUCACCACAUUUAUUCUGUUUAUGCGCUUGCAAGAAUGUUAUAUUUAACACCUUGGGUGCCAACAGCUUGCUGUGGUCUUGGAGCAAUGGAGUUUACGAACCCUCUUUUACAAGCACGAUGGUGA